AUGUCAGACCCUAUUCCCUCCGCUACCGCGGAUCCCGAGUCCGGAGACCAAAAACUCCCCGCAAACGCCGAAGAUCGCAAAGCAGCCGCUGCUCUCUCCGCACUCCACACAAAUGAUAUAGCGGAAGCUAGCCCCACCCGGGCUCCAUCUAGUGCUGAUCAAGAAGCAUUGGGGAAAGCGAUGAGUCGGCUUGAGAGCGUUGGUGGGAAGGGAGCGGUGAAGAAGCCAGCUGCUGGGACCCAGAAACAAGAGGCGGAAAAGAAGAAAGUGGUAAAGAUUGUAGCGGCGGAUGUCACGUUUCUGGUUGAACAACUCGAGAUACAUAAGAAUAAGGCUACGGAGCUUUUGAGAGCGUGUGAUGGGGACGUGGUUUCUGCUAUGAGGGCUUAUAUUGCGCCUUUUUAG